AUGAACGGAUCCCGAGAGCGUCUGUACCGGUCGGUCGAGUGUCUGGACGCCAAUCACGUGGAGACCAAUGGCCUGAUGUCCGGCAAUAGUUGUGUGGGUCUUAAGCGGGCCAUAGAUAUGGCGCUUCCAUCGGAGACAGAGAUCUUAAUUCAUAAGCGAAUUCUCGACAAACUGUUUGGCAAAUCGACGCCCAAUUUGUCACAACAAGACGCCAAAAGUCUUACCGUUUUACUCAUGAGUAGAGACGAAGAUCUGAUGAUCAAAACAUUGUCAGUGAUCGCCAAUUGUUGCGCGUUUUCAGUCAAUAUUGACACGAUAUGUGAUUCCGGAUGUAUUCUCUUGUUAUAUGAGCUACUGUUCCACAAGGAUAGGGCCGUACAGACUGCGGCCACCAAUGCCAUCGCCAAUAUAGCUAAUGGCGAAAGGGCUCAGGAGUUGCUUAAAGUAACGAAUGGAAGACCUUUUGCUGAAUGCAUUCCAGUGUUAGUGAAUUGGGUGAAGACUUCCGACAACGACCUGCUGACCAAUUGGACGCUCAGAGCGUUGGCUAAUCUGGCGCUCCGGGACAGCAACCAAAUCCUUAUGACCGCAGCUAUAGAUAAACUGAUGGCUCUCCUGAUGCACCCGAACCCUGCCAUUAGACUGCAGUCCAUCAAACUGUUGGUCAAUCUCUCCACUAACUCACAACUU